CUGUGGUGGCAAAAGCAUUCGCGAGCGGGUAUCCCUGCAGGACCUUUUUUUGGUCAAGUCUGCACCUGCGGGGGUCUCCCUAGAGCCAGAGGAUGACUGUGCUUUAUCAGAAGUCUGUCUUGGAUAUGAUCAAAGAGUUUAGACGGAAUUGGCACACUCUUUGUAACUCUGAACGAACUACUGUGUGUGGUGCAGACUCCAUGCUCUUGGCAUUGCAACUUUCCAUGGCAGAGAAAAACAAACAGCACAGUGGAGAAUUUUCAGUCUCUCUCAGUGAUCUAUUAUUGACCUGGAAAUACUUACUACAUGAGAAACUGAACUUACCCGUUGAAAAUAUGGAAAUGAUUGACCAUUAUGAGGACAUUAGGAAGACUUACGAUGAUUUCUUGAAGAAUAGUAAUAUGUUAGAUCUGAUUGAUGUUUAUCAAAAAUGUAGGAUUUUGACUUCUAACUGUGAAAAGAAUGACAAGAUAUCCCCUAGUCAACUGCGGGAUUUUCUAUCUGGCAGACAGUAUGCAGUAGAUGAUGAAGCCAACCUCUGUGUGCCGACAUCACCAACAAGUAAACACAACCAGGAUAAUGAAAAGGUGCGAUUACUAGCCAAGAAAAUUAUCUGUUCAUAUUUGAACUUGCUAGUAAAUUCAAAGAAUGACCUGGCUUUGGCUCAUAUUCUUAAUAUUCCUGAUAGAGGACUUGGAAGAGAAGCCUUCACAGACCUGAAACAUGCUGCUCGAGAAAAACAGCUGUCUAUCUUUUUGGUGGCGACGUCAUUCAUUCGAACAAUACAGCUUGGGGGGAAAGGAUAUGCACCAUCACCCUCUGAUCGUUUAAGGGCACAUGUAAAGGGAUUGUCUAAUUUUAUUAAUUUCAUUGACAAAUUAGGUGAGAUUCUUGGAGAAAUCCCAAAUCCAAGCAUUGCAGGGGGUCGGAUACUGUCAGUGAUAAAGAUGCAGCUGAUUAAAGGCCAGGACAGCAGGGAUCCUUUUUGUAAAGUAGUAGAGGAAGUUACUCAGAAUUUGGAUUUGAGGAUUAAAAAUAUUAUCGGUUCUCAACAAGGAGAUGUAGCUGUUCACACCACUGACAUCAGUCCUGCACGGCCAAAAUCACAUGCCAUAAAUCAUGGCACUGCAUACUGUGGCAGAGAUACUGUGAAAACUUUACUGGUUCUUUUGGAUGAAGAAGCUGCUGAUGCUCCUUCCAAAAACAAAGCAGAACUCUUAUAUGAUGAUGAAAAUAUAAUUCAUUAUAAUGGAACUUCUAUUCUUACACUUUUCAGAUCUCCCACACAAGUGAACAAUUCAUUGAUGAAACCCCUAAGAGAACGUAUCCAGAAGUCAAUGCAAGAGAAAAAAAUUAAGGUAAAGCAAACCUUAAUUAGAUCCCAGUUUGCUUGUACUUAUAAAGAUGAGUGCAUGAUAAGCAAGAAUAAAUGGAAUAAUGUUAAUUCAGUGUUGAAGCCUCUGUGUGUUCUUCGCAUGGAAAAUGAUCCUUCUGAAGGUGUAAACUCAUCUGUUGGAACACCAGCAGCUGGAACAAGUUCUGGAAAUGUCCAUUUGGACAGAAGUAAAAAUAAAAAAAUUUCAAAAAAAUCAGGUAGUCAGACAGGAAAUGAGAACUCAAAAAGGAAACAGGUGGAUUUGGAUGGUGAAAAUGUUCUCUGUGAUAAUGGAAAUGAACUACUACAACAGAAAAAUACUAAGAUACCUAAGAUUUCAAAAGAUUCACAGAAUAAAUUGGAUGGCAAACUAACUCGAAUAGGAAAAGGCAACAAGUGUACUGCCAGGGAAAAAUUGAUUACUGGCCAGACAAAGUUAACUCAGUUUUUUAGACUAUGAAUUUGUCUUUUAUAUGCUUAGAUUUAUAUAUAUAUAAAACCAAAGGCAUGCACUUGAUUUUUAAAAGAUCAAGGUGUAAAUUACCCUGAUGUUUUAUUAUUUUGAUCUGGAGUGUAUUUAAGGUUAGUAUGUUAAACAUUGUUCAAAAAUACUAGUAAGUCAUAAUCAUGCAGAAUUUUCAAAGUUUAAUGCACAGAAAAAGCAUAAUAUUUACAUUACUGAUGUAUCAUAAUAAUUUCUUUUAAAACACAUUAAAAUAGUACAUAGUAACAGAAUAGUUACAGUAAUAUUAAGGGCUUUUUCCUUAACUGGCAAUUAAAUGAUUUUGUCUUCCUCUGAAAAGAUGAUGUGGACCAACAAGUAUCAGACUUGCCAACAAGGUCGGUAGACUCUUCCCAGCAUACACCUGAGCACUGAAGGAAAAAAAAAAAGUUUAAAUUGUUUAAAGCACUAUUAUUAUUGCAAAAAAUUUAUUAGAAAUAAAAGGUUGGACCUAGUAGAGCUAAUUCUGAGUAAAUGAAAAUGAAAAAACUAAUUAAAUGAUUUUUUACCCCACAUUUUUCUGGGGGUUUACUUUAUAUUGACUGUAAUUGAACCAUGGUCUUAUUUGAUUCUGUUAUGAUUGAAUCCAACUUCAGUUCCACCCAGAGUUUUAUUUUAUGGGAUUAAGAUGUAAGAAUUGAAUUUUAAAAGACUACUCACUGUCAAAAUCUCUCCUUCCUAUAGGAAAUUUAGCUGAGUUUUCUUCAUCCCCAAUUUCUCUCUUUUCCUGUGUUGAUUCAGUAUUCUGAACUCCAUUCUCAGCUGGAAAAGCUACAGAUCCUUUUAGUGCAAGAUAAGGUUUUAUAGCCAGAUUCAGUGGGAGACCAUUAUUUAAGAAAUUAUGUUUGGAGCCUGCAUUCUGUAAAGAAAAGGUUGAUUUAUGUUUUAGCUGUUCCAUUGGGAAUGGAACUGUAAUACAAUUGUAAAAUAUUCUUAUUGUAUCAAUUCAAAGAUGCUCUGUUUUUGAUUCUUUUAAAAAACCUUAGAUACAAGUUUAUUAAGGGAAAAAAAACUUUUGCAUAAGAGAUAUUCUCCAAGAUGGAAAAACCACCUGGAAUGUAUAAAAUUUCAUCAGUUGUUCUAAUGCACAUUAUAUGACUAUUUGCACAUACUUCUGUUUAUACAAAUACAAUUAUCCAUUUUACUUUUCAAAGGAUUUGUAAAAAUUAUUUAAAUUCCCAUUGAAAUAAAGAACAAGUCACAUUGCCACUUA